AUUAGCUGAUCUCGCACAGCGGAAGGAGGACGUGUGUGUCGUUUGGCAGGGAAAAAAGUACCGAUUUAUUAGGUAAGUUCUACCUUACCAGACAGGUGAAACAGGACUCCCAGGUGUUUUCUGUCAUCGGUUGCAGGUAGCGAACUCUCAGCAGUUAGACGGGCCAAGCAGGAGUGGACUUAGCCCUUGUGUCGGAGAUGGCUUUGUAAACACUCGCUCGACCGUUACCGUUAGAAUGUUCAACAUUUGAACCUGGGGACGCAGAGGAAACAGCAUGGCUGCCCUGACUGUUCCAUUCUCGCUUAGCAAGUCUCCGCUCAAGAUUCUCAACCGCGGGCCGGAUUUUUUCCGUGAGCAGGCCCUGAGCAACAACAAGAAGGAAUCCCGUCAGGGGAAGUCUGCACGAGAGCUCCUGGAAGAAACCAAGGGAAAGUAUGUGAAGAGUGUGAAAGUACGGGUACAAAAGCAAGAACCUGCAAUCACGAAAAAUCCUAAUGCGAAGCCCAAGGUUAAGAACAGACCGAAUGCAUCAUGGCCUCCUGCGAAAAAAUCGGAGGGUAAGCCUGAAGUACCACCAAAACCUGUUGCCAUUCUGAUGAAGAACGAGGUGUCAAACUCAGCACCUGACGUUAAGCGACCAAGCCCCAGCAAAAGUGAGACGUCCUGCUCCAUGCCGGACUUGCUGAAACAUUCGCAACAAGUUGACCAAAACAGCAAUACAAUAAUUGACGCAGAACUGCCCAACUCCCAGCCCAAGAGGUCAACCACAGAGGAUCAAGACUCUUCAGACACUGAGGGGGCAAAAAGCAGUGAAUUUUUACAGACUUGUACAGCGGAGGAGCUUCUCUCCAAUACCCAGAAUUCCUUAAAGCAUGUAGGAUUCCCUCUGCUGAGAAGCCUCAAACUGAACCCAACAAAAAAGCACAAACAGCAGGAGAGUUGUAGAGAAAGGCUUCGGACACGCAGUUUCUCAGGGUCCUCCCAGAAAAGUGGCAGCCUUCGACGAUCCAAGUCAGAUGUUGGACACAGAUUCCCACAAACGCAAGCAGACAUAGACAAAUUUUUCAACACUCUAGGGUUUGACAAUGGAGUCUCCUCACCGAUAAAACGGGCACAGAACACAAGUAGCCAGUUUUUCAGUGACUCAAACUCUGUGAGCAUAUCGGUCAGUGAGGAUCGAGACUCUGCUGAUCGCCCUGACGGAGAGGAUGCGGACAUGGACCGCAUCCCUGAAGGACCAUCUGUUAUUGAGAGAAAUGCCAGAAUUAUCAAGUGGAUGUACCACUGCAAGAAGGAGAGAGAGCACAGACCAACAAGUGGAGUGACAGACUUGUGAGAUACCCAACAUAGAGAUAUCCAGGAUUUUCUUCAGGCCAGCCCAGCAGCUACAUUACUGACCCUUUCAUCACAUGAAGCAACUGUUGCCAUGGAUGAGGGCUGGUCACAUUCUUUGUAUGAUGCUUAUGACAGCUUAUCAAGGGACAGCAGUGGUCAUGUCAUGCUAAGUUGUCAUAGCUUAUUGUGAACAGUUGAUUCUGCCAUAGCCUUACUGAAAAUCCCACGAAGAAUGUGACAGUGCCUUUUAUGAUUGUCUGACAUACUUAGCACUGGACAUGAAAUUAUAGCAGGAAGGGUCUGCAAUGGCACAUCCAUUUUUUCCCCAGGUUGAUGUACCAUUGUCCAUUGAAUUAAAAAGUACCUUUGUUUCAAAAGUAUCUUUGUAUCAGAGAAUCAAACUGAUUAUGACAGAACAUUGGUGAGCAUUUGUAAAAGACCUGUACAUACUAAUGAAAAGAAGAUGGACUGCCCACAGGGAAAAAGGGAACCCAGUGCAUUAUACUUUACCUGUUAUGUUGAGAAGUUAGAAACCCUUAGGUAAGCAUGCUGAAAUAAUUUUGCUUGUCUGAUAUGAUGUGUCCUCGUGUAAGAUCAUCGUUCUAGGGAGAUCAUUGAGGAUUGAACUACUUUUAUUGUACAUGUAUGUUAGAUGUAAUGACUGGUUGACCAGUGAUGGGCCUUUGUUUCUUGAAGCUUGACAUGGUGCUUUAUGUACAUGAAACAAAGCUAAUCUUGUCUUCUGUAUGUAUUGAAUGUAAACUUGGCAGGAAAUCUAAAUCAUAUGUAAGUAUUGACUAUUGUAUUGUACUAAUUGACCAGGGUACAACUGCUGUGUCAGACUUGCAUCCUUUAUAGAAAACUAUGGUAUUGUACUUAUGUAUAGGGUUAAUAAUUGACGGUUUAAAUUUCGUGUGUAUCAUCAGCCAACUCUGUCACAGUAUUGCAUUGGUUUUUUUUUCAUUUGCAUAGCUUGGCCUUUUGCAAAGUAGAAUUUAUGUUGUAAUGUUGGUUAAAGUACUUGUGGAGAGAGUGUAAGAAAGUUAUUUAUAGUGAAUUGUUGUGUUAUGCUUUUUGUAUAGUCUUAGCUUCAGGUGAAGGUUUCAUUCAGUAUUGUAUAGGUUUCACCAGAACUGUUGAACAGUCAAACGAUAGGAAUUCUGGGAGUUGUGGUUUAGAUGUGUACAAAUUCUACAAGGAAUUAUAACAAAUAAUUCAUCAAUUUUUCAACUGUAUUUGUCAGUAUUUAAUUUGUUUUCUGGCAGCAGCCUUUUUUGGAAUGCUACAUACAAUGUAUGUCAAUAAAUUGGCUGACCUUAAUUUGCACUUGAUCUCACAAAAAGUGAACAAAUUUCCUGACAUACCAGUCCUAGUUAUACACCACUAUAACGAGCAUGUACAUGUAGUGUACUUUCACGAGAUGACACUGCUGUCAUGCUAGUUGGUUGAUAGGAAGAGUCUGAUGUAUAAAUUUACAUGACUGUAAUUUCAGGUUUAACCAUCCAGCAUGGUGGACAAUGUUCUUAGUCACGUGACGAGUGCAAGCACCCCGUAGAGAACAUAUCUGUGCAUACAGCUUCAAUGUACAUGUAUUUCUAUAUACUAUAUAUUAUAUAUUAAGAAAACUACUGUUAGUGGUGUAUAUCUUGGAAUCAGUUGCCAUCCAUCAGCUUUGACACAUCUUGAACUUGCUUGAGUUCUGCUGUUGUCCGCAAUUUUUGUAGGAAUGUCCAGAGAAGUUGCACAACAGUUAGCACAUACAUUACUUCAAGUAUCUUUCUGUAAAAGCUGUGUAAAAUUUUGAAGCUGAAUGCUUUUGUCCUGGAUAUCUUAACUAUUUUAACAUUCCAGGCAGAAAUGUUCUUCCAGUUUGAACUUUCCUCAGUAUGGCUGUAUUUAUACUAGUAUGAAAGUUGUUCAUUUGAUAUACAAAUAUGUAGCUUACCACUUACACAUUAUCCAGUAAUGACCCUUUUUAUCAGCAUCAAGCAAUGUACUGAGUCAAGGUCUGCCAAAUGUUACUGGCAUAUUUUUUAUGGACCACACAGAGUUUGUAAUAUCUUUGUACAAUGUUGCUCUGCUGAACGUUUGAUCUCAGCAAGGACGUUAUAUACAUUAUAUAACAUCUUUGGUGUCAGAGGACUCAAAAUGCGUUGAAUCUUUGAAGCGUGUCUUACUAGCUGUACAUAAAAGUGGUAGUUUUGAUAUUCAUUACAAAGAAACAUGAGUAGACUAUUGCUUUUAUCUCUUGGUUGAUGGCAGAUAUCUGUAGAACAAAGUGAGUUUGUCACACCCCAUUGAAAUGUUUUUUUUUUUCAGAUUGCUGUAACUUGAACAAAAUGUUGUCCUUCUUGAUCUAUAUGGUCCAAAAUAUUAUUGUGAUUGAAAAGGAAUCUCAUCACACAUGUACUGGUGGACCACACCCAUUUGAUUUCUUGGUUCAUGUAGAUUAAUCAAACUCUAUUAUUAACAUCUGAAUAUAUGAUAUACAAGAACAAAGAAUUUAGAUUGGUGUGGAUCUUACUACUUAGUAGUGCCAUUUCUGGUUGAAAUUGAAACUACCAAAUUGAUAACAUCUUGGAAUGUUGGCCUUUGCUAAUAUUGUAGCUAAUGCAGAUUUUGUGGAUUGAUGUGUACAGUUUACUACUUUUGUAAUAUGCAAUAAAGUGAGAUACCCUGGUGGUCAUAUGGCAAA